AAUGAUAAAAACAAAAGUUGCAACUCAAUGUUUCCAAAUCUGAAAUUUCUCUGUAUUGAAGAAUGUGACCAAUUACAAUUUACACUUCCAUUUCACUCUGCUGGAGACUUUUUGUUACUAGAAUCUAUCAAGAUACAAUUAUGUUUUGAGCUGAAAUACAUAUUUGGCCAACACCAAGAUGUUAAACUCGCUUCACUAAAAGAAUUGCAGCUUAGUUGUGUGCCGAAUUUCAUCGACAUAUUUCCAGAAUCGUCUCAUUCCAUGCCUUCACCCAUUAAAGGGUCAUCUAAUUCAAUUUCCAAGCCACAAUCAGAAUUGGAGCAAGUCAAAUCUAAUACAUUCUCUUGGAGUCAAAUAUGUUGUUAUGGAUACAAAUCGAGAGGCAGCUCAAGUACUAAAAUCCCAUUGGUUUCUGAGGAUCAUCCAAAAGACUGCUCAAUCACACUGGAAUGGAGUUCACGUUAUGCUUACAUAUGGGAACGUGCUCAAUGUCUUUCAACUUCAAGGCUAUCACAUAUCCUGUGCAAUAUUAAAGUGAUGGAACUGAGUUUUCUUGAAGAGAUAAAAUCAGUGUUUGUAAUGUCUAUUUCGUCAAAAUUGUCAUUGGAGACGUUGACUAUUAAUUAUUGUGAUGAAUUGGAGCACAUAAUAGUAGACAUUGAAGAUGGCAGUGGUGGAAAUAAUUGGAAUGUCUUCCCAAAAUUAAAAGAGCUCAACGUUGAUCAUUGUGAGAAAUUGGAAUACAUAUUUGGGCACAUUGAUGCUACUAAUCAUCACCAAAACCACAAUAAUGAGGUGACCCACCUUCAUCUUCCAGCUUUGGAAUGCCUCGAUCUUGAUCAUCUCCCAAGUUUAGUCGGCAUGUGUACCAAACACUAUCGCACAACAUUGCCGGCUUUGACAGAAGUUAGACUAGUAGAAUGCUCCAAGGUUGAUACGACAUCUAUUUUUGGUGAUUUCAUCGUUCCUAAUUAUUCCAAUAAGGAAUCGAGUUCACAUUAUCCUAACAUAUGGGAACGUGCUCAAUGUUUUUCAACUUCAAGGCUAUCACAUAUCCUGUGCAAUAUUAAAAAGAUGGUACUGGCUGAUCUUCCAAAGAUAAAAUCAGUGUUUGUAAUGUCUAUUGCUUCAAAAUUGUCAUUGGAGAGGUUGUAUAUUAAUAAUUGUGAUGAAUUGGAGCACAUAAUAGUAGACAUUGGAGAUGGCAGUGGUGGAAAUAAUUGGGGAAACAAUGUCUUCCCAAAAUUAAAAGUGCUCCACAUUGCUUAUUGUGAGAAAGUGGAAUACAUAUUUGGGCACAUUGAUGCUACAGAUCAUCACCAAAACCACAAUAAUGAGGUGACCCACCUUCAUCUUUCAGCUUUGGAACGUCUCGUGCUUUAUAAGCUCAAAAGUUUCAUCAGCAUGUGUACCAAACACUAUCGCACAACGUUGCCACCUUUGACAGAAGUUACACUAGUAGAAUGCUCCAAGGUUGAUAUGACAUCUAUUUUUGGUGAUUUCAUCGUUCCUAAUUAUUCCAAUAAGGAAUUGAUUGCGAACGUGGAACAUUUUCUCUCCUUGGAAAAGCUGAAGGUACAUGAUUCCAAAGUAGAAAAUAUAUUUUGUCUCAAUGAAGUAAGUGAGCAGCAGAUGAACUUUGGGUUGCAAGACAUUGAGUUGCAUAAUCUACCUAUGAUAACAUGUCUUUUUAAGGGUCGCAAAAAUUAUUUUUCCCUCAAAAACCUUACUAAGAUGAACAUUAAGGGAUGUGAAAAAUUGGAAUUUGUUUUCUCUACUUCUAUAAUAAUGUGCCUACCGCAGUUGCUUCAUAUAAGAAUUGAUGAAUGCAAAGAGUUGAAGCAUAUGAUUGAAGAUGAUUUGGAGAGUAAAAAAUCCUCAAAUUUUAUGGCUACCAAGACUGUAUGCUUCCCAAAGCUACAAACACUUGUGGUAAAAAAGUGCAAAAUGUUAAAAUAUGUCUUUCCAAUCUCCAUAUGUAAAGAGCUUCCUGAGCUAGAGGCUCUAGUGAUAAGUGAAGCAUAUAAGCUAGAGGAAAUAUUUGUAUGUGAAGAAGGUGAUCAGAAAGUCAAUAUGCCAAAUCUAAAAGUUGCAGCACUUGACAACCUACCAAGCCUCUAUCAGACCCAAGAAAUUCAUUUUCAGGCUGUACAAAAAUGUUUUGUACAAAAUUGUAAAAAACUCUCUCUAACUUCAUCAGCAUCAACAGAAGACAGAUCUUUUUAUUAUAAUCACUCAGAUUAUUUUGUGCGUGAGGAUAUCAAUUCUGUAAUUAAAGAAUUACUAGAAGAGACCGGAGACCCCGAUACAACUGAAGAUAUUGCAGCUGAAAUUGAAGUUCAAGUAGCAUCAGGACACUUGUCGACUUCUUCACAGGAAUAUGGUGAUGGCCAAAUAGCCAUACCUUUUUUUCCAACUUCCACUACAGACACCCUUACCAUUGAGGAUUUUGAUAUUAUAGAAUAUCUUGAAAUAACUCAGACAAAUAAUGAUCAAGGUGAAGACUUUUGGGAUAGACUUUCUUUUCUAAAUGAGGAUGCUUUCAAGAAAGUAAGCUCAAUGAUUCAGGAAAAGUUUCCUGUUGCAUCUCAGUUUGCUUCCAAAGAUUUUGAUUUGUAUUUGCAUAUGGAGAGUGCAUUUCCACAAUUUCAAGAAGAAUAUAAAGGUCAGGAUAAUGGUAAUGAAAAUCUAAAAGCAGAAACCACUAAAGAAUUUGCAUCUUGGAUUGAAGUUCAAGCAGCAUUAGGACAAAAUUUGACUUCUUCACAGAUAAAAAUGAAAGAAACACUUGAGGAAGAGCACGAGUUUGUUGAAAAUGUUCUUGAUUUAGAGAUACCAUCAUUAGUGUUAUUACCAACAAAUUCAGAAGAGUUGAUAAAUGAACAAUCAAUGGAUCAACAUCAUAUUUCUUCUUUCUUGUUAGAGGAUUUCAUAAAUGAACAAUCAAUGGAUCAUCAAUAUUUGAUGAAUCAACCGCAUUCACUUGAAGAAACAGAUACUACCGUCAAACCUUCCCAUGGAAAUAAUUUUGUGAAAGAAUCAGAGAACCAAAGUAUUCAAUGCUGUGCAACUUCAGAAAAAACAGCAGCAACAACUUUUUCCACCUUUUUAGGAACAAGGAAUGAGCCACCUAUACAAUUAGUUGCUCCUAAACCAAAGCGUGUUGAAGAAGGAAAUACAUUAACUAAUGCUGAUGCAGCAUCACCCUCACCUCAUUUAGAAUUGGUCAGUUCGUCACAGGAACAAGAUGUUGAUGUCAGAGGCCUUCAGAAAAUUACCAAGACUAAUAAUGACCAAUUUUCUCUAAAUGACAAUGCUUUCAUUCAAUUAAGCUCAAUUAUUGAGGAACAAUUUCCUGAGGAUGAUGAUUUUAGAGAUUCAAAAUCUAAGCCAUCUCCUACCAACAGCAUUCCUCUGCCUCUUACAUCUCAAACACUUCCUAUGCCUUUUGAAGGUGAGGUUAAUGUAUUAAACCCUUCUGAAAUAGUGGAAAAUUCAAGUUCUCCUUGUAUUGUCAAAUGGGAGCUUGAGCAACUGGUCUCCGAGAAUUAUUUGGAUAACGAGAACUUGUCGUUGUGCACCAUUUCAGCAACAGAAAAUGAGCCACCUAUACAAGUCAUUGAUCAUAAACAAAAGGGUAUCAAGAUAACUGUUGAAGAAGUAACUGCAUUAACUAAUACCAAGACAUUAAAAUCCUCGACUUAUUCAAAAUCACUCAGUUCAUCUUCCCAGGAUCAAAGCAUUCAUGAGGGUUCUACGUCAGGAACAAAGAAUGACCAAGAUAUUCAAUUAGUUGAUCUUAAACAAAAGAUGAUCAAGUCAAGUUUUGAAGAUGUUGAUCUUGGCGACUCUCAUGAACGAACUCAGAUUAAUAAUAAUCAAGUUCCUCUAAAUGACGAUGUUGUCAUGAAAGUAAGCUUAAAUAUUGAGGAACAGUUUCCUAAGGAUGAUGAAAUAAUAAUUUCCCAAUCUAAAACCUCUCCUAGCAUCACAUCUCCUAUUGAAUCUCAGUUUCCUUCGGUUCCAUCUAAAGAUUUUGAUAUGUAUAUUCAUAAGGAGAGUUUAUUUCGAAGAUUUCAAGAAGUUUCCAAGGGUCAUUGUAACAGUAAUGGAAAUCUAAUUGCACAAACCGCAAAAGAAUUUGCAGCCUGGAUUGAAGCAGAAGCAGCAUCAAGGCAUGAGUUGACUUCUUCGCAGGAGCUGAUGAAUGAACAAAAGUCACUUGGAGAACUUGAUGCUACCAUCAAACCUUGUCUGGAAACUAAUUUGGAGGGCUCAGCAUCAGAAAAAUUAGCAGGUGCAACUUUGUCCACCAUUUCAGGAACAAUCAAUGAGCCACCUAUACAAUUAGUUUCUCCGGAAAAAAAGGGUAACGAGAUGAGUGUUGAAGAAGGAACUACAUCAACUUGUGACAAAAAAAUAACAUCAACUCAUUUAGAAGUCAAUGAUGGUAAAAUAUGCACACCCUCUAUUUCAAUUGUCAAUACAGAGCCUCCUCCCACCAAAGACAUUGAUAUUGGAGACUCUUGGAAAACUAUCGCCAUGGAAGACAUUAACAAGCUGAUCGAAGAAGACCCACUUUUUGCAUUUGAAAAGCUUCUUAUUGGACAAGUCUCAAUUUCCUCCAUUCGAAUUUUACUUCAAGAAUUGAAGAGUUUGAUGGAAUCAUCAUUUGACCUUGACCAUCUUAUAUCAAACCAAGAGUCGAAAUCAAAAUUGAUUUCUCUUUUUAAUCAGCUGUAUCAGCACCAAGGACUCUUACCUUCUCAUGUGAAGGAGUUUAUUGAGAAAGUGCAGACCUUGAAUGACUAUAUUAUCAAAUACACCACUUUCCAACAAGUACUCAAGAAGCACAACCAACUUCUUGAUUCAAAAACCGAUCUAGUGAACAAACUUUGGAGUGCAUAUAGUACACAAACCCGCAUUGACCAUGAAAUUUCAACUGCCAAUGCUCGGAUAGAUGACUCUCUUUACAAAUUGAUGAGCAUACAAAAAAGUUGGAAGAUAUUGAGAAUCAAAGAGAAGAUUUGAAGUCAGUACUGAACAAUUGCAAUGUUCAGAAGAGCAAGUUGAAGGCUGAAUGUACUGAGUGGGCUCAACAAAGCAAAGAAUUACUUUCUGCACUUGCAUCAUCGGAGGUCGACGUAAGAGAAGCUGAACGUGUGAGGAAUCUGGCAACAGAAGGCUUUGCAAAUUUAAAGUCUUCAUAUCCUACAUUUUAGGAAGAAACCAGAUAUAUGCCCCCACACAAAAAUAGACUAGGUUGGCUUAAUUAUUGUUUUUGUUAAUGUAUUUUGUUUAGUGCUGCACUCUUUUUUCCUUCACCUGGUUUCAUUCCAUUGAAUUUUACAGGUAAGGUUUUUAAUGAGGCAGUUGUACUUGUAUCACACUAUUAUUCACUUGGGUAUUGAUUGGACUAGUCCCCUCAAGCUGUUUCUAA